AUGGAGCCAGAAGAGUGUCUGAGUGAGAGAUUUUCGUACGGAACAACUCCAGAUAGUUCUAUAGCAGAGUGCUUCGACAGACACGAGAUCAUCGAGGACGCAUUGCAUCCCUACGUGCUUGGCAUGAUGGCGACAUGGGUCAAAGAUUGCAACAGCCACCACCUGAACUGCCGACGGUCAACAAGAAGCGAUGCUCAGCUACCCACACGCCUCUUAGACCUUCAGUCGCUACCGGAAGGGACUGCCUUCGAAGGUGUCACGGGUGAUUCACGUGCCCUGCUCACAGAAAAAACACUCAAGCUUGUCGAAAAUAGUCCAGAUAGCAAAGGCCAGUACAUCGCAUUGAGCUAUUGCUGGGGAAAAGCGCUGCCAUACACAACGACCUCUACGAACCUGGGGAAGCAUAAAGAAGAUAGAGGGAUCAGAUACACCCAACUUCCUCGAACUCUUCGAGAUGCGAUAUUUGUUACUAGAUAUUUAGGCAUUCGCUACCUCUGGGUAGACUGUCUGUGCAUCCUUCAAGACGACAAUGCUGACUGGGAAAGAGAGGCUUCUCGAAUGGCUGAUGUAUACAAUAAUGCGUACUUGACCCUUCGUGCUACGCGUGCGAGUCACUGUAGUGAGGGCUUCCUACAUGCGCGCAAGGUCGUAGAACGUCGUGUCGUCUCGUUCGCAGAUGAGGAAGGCUCGUUUGACUUGUAUUUUUCCUACGACAUCCGGCCGUCACUGGAUACUGAUAUUCUGAAGUCGAUGAUUGAUGAAAGAAUCACUCUGCGACAGGAAGAGCCUCUUCUGAGCCGAGUCUGGGCCCUACAAGAAGGUGUACUAGCGCCUCGCACCAUACAAUUUGGAAGCUACAUGAUGAUCUGGGAAUGCUCGGAGGGAAGGUCCAGAGAAGACAGAUCCAAAGAUUCAGCCGAUAGAGAAAACUCUAUGGACGAUAUCGCCCGUGGGCUCAAGCACUUGAAAAACCCACCACGGUUUAGUCAAUCCACCGGGCAACGACAUUGGGACAAAGAAACUUCAUGGUUCCACUUCAUCGAGGAAUACACAUCCUGCAACAUGUCCUUCCUAUCUGACAAGCUUCCCGCACUGUCUGGUGUGAUCUCAGCGCUACAAAAGCUCACAGGAGAUAUCUGCCUUGCUGGUGUAUGGAAAAGCUGGUUCUUGCAAGGUUUGCUUUGGCGCCUGGAACAGCCCGACCGGGACAUUCAUGCGGGCUCCCGAAAAAAGCCUCAAAGAACUAUAACUUGGCGGGCUCCAACCUGGUCCUUCGCAUCAGUGGAGGGAGCCGUGACAUACGCACUUCUCUUGUGUGAUCCUGGCAUGGGGAUGUGUGCAGAACUGCUAGACUGCGAUGUCACGCCCAAGGGCGUCAACCCACUCGGGGAGAUAAUGGAUGGAUUUGCGAAGAUCAGGGCACGGAUCACUGCCCUGUUCGACGUAGCGACGCAGCCAUGGGAAAGAGGAAUGGUUUGUAAGAUUCGCAUGACGAAUAACAGGGUCGCAGACGGUCGCGUGUUCUUCGAUUUCGACGUCUUCGAAUCUUGUGAAGUGGUCAUGGUUACUCCGCAUAAUGGCAUUGCGAUCAUACCGGUGAACGUCGCUGAAUCGACCUACGUGAGAGUGGGAGCACUCUCGGUGUACAGAAUCAUCGAACCGUCGAGCAAGGAUAGCGAGCGUGAGAGUCUGAAUAUGUUUGGCCAAGAUAAGUCGCUGACCGCGUCUCACUACCCAGAUUCAAAGAUCAUCACCCUGCUUUGA